CUUCACUUUGACACGCUGGACUCAGAUCCGAUUCGGCCCAAGAUGAAGCGGAAUGUGCAAUUGAUUGUGGCGGGAUCACUACUUUUGUUGGCGCUCGUGGGAGUCAUUGUGGCAUCGGCGGCGUAUUCGUCGCCAUGGGGCCUCUUUGUCCUUUUCCCGUAUGUGUUGCUGCCGAUGACAGCGGCGAUCUUCUCGACUUUGUCGGGAGGGGACGACCUCAGUGCCUGGGCAGGCUUUGGCUGCUUCUUUGAGGCUUUCUUUUGGGUCACCGCGUUCGCCAUCCCCUCUAUUUUGUAUCGAGUCGAGGCGGUACGAUAGUUUAUCUUGUCUUUGUUGUUCGUGCAACCAGUGGAGUUGAUCAAGUAUAAACAGAUUAACGGGUCUCAGCUCGGCUGGCUGAUCGCCUCUGACGCACUUGUCUUUGCGUCCUUUAUGAUUUUGGCGCUGAUCAACGGAAACUAAGGACCUAUGGUGAAGUUUAAUAGUUAAUAGUUCCUUAAUCACUGUAGCAAAGGGAAUGAUUUAUGAACGAUAUUCAAGCGAUCUGGCUGCACUAUUUGCACUCAGUGAUGCGGCCA